CCAUUUGAAACGUGAAAUUUUGAAUCGGUAAGAACAAACACGCAAAUGACAGGGGGCAAUUUAGGGUUGAUGUAGUUGAGAAAUUUCCUCAAAUAAGUGCCAAAUCAAGACGAUGGCCGCCAUUAACGUCCUCCCUUAAGCAAAUUUCAUACUCAAUUCUUCCUCUGUCCCUGUAACUUAUUCUUUCUGUCUUCACCACGUUUACCUUCUUUAUCCCAUCACGUCUCCAAUACCUCGUCAGUUCAAUUCAAUUCAGUACGGAUCAACAACUCUUUGAUUUUGAUAGGUGAUAAGUUUUCCAACUUUCAUGAACUUAUGGGAUCUGCUUAUUGAUUACAUGAUAUUUCCAAUCGAUAGAGACAUACAAGGGGAUCGAAGAACUAGUUGACAGAAGGCAAGAAACAAUGAACAAGAUAGAAAGAGCGCAUCAGAUGUACAGAGAUGGUAACUAUGAAGAAGCGCUUGAAUUUUAUACAGAAGCUCUUUCGAUUGCCAAGACAAACCCUCAGAAGAUCGCCCUUCAUAGCAAUCGAGCCGCCUGUUUUCUCAAACUCCACCACUUUAAAAAGGCAGCAGAGGAAUGUACUUCAGUGCUUGAGCUUGAUCAUGAACAUACAGGAGCCUUAAUGUUGAGAGCUCAAACAUUGGUCACCCUUAAAGAGUACCACUCUGCACUCUUUGAUGUAAACAGGCUGAUUGAGUUAAAUCCUUCAUCAGAAGUAUAUCAAAAUCUUGAAGCUCGCUUAAAGACACAAUUGUCUCUUGCUCCAAUACCCGAGCUAGAAGAAGAAGAAGAAGAAGAAGAAGAAGAAGAAGAAGAAGAAGAAGAUAAUGAAGAAGAUGAACAGUCUACUUCAGUAGAAAUAGCAGAAAAUGAUAUUGAUGACACAAAGGGACAUGAGCCCGAUACUGCGGUAAGCAAUCUUGAAAAUGUGGAAAUUACCAUUACGCCCCCUCAAACACAAAGCCUGAAAGAGGAAAUUCCAAAACCGAAAGGGCAUUCACGUCUUGAUUAUUCAAGAUGGGAUAAAGUUGAAGAUGAUAGUAGUGAAGAGGAUGAAGAUGAUGAUGAAGAUUCUCAACCUCAGUAUCGUUUUCGUGUAAAAAAUAUUGGUGUAAGAUCCGUAAAGUAGAUAACGUUAUAAAGAAGCUUAGUAUAUUACUAUUAUACCCCUGGGCCACGGCCCCACGUAUGAAAGGGGUCGGAGAUGAUGCGUUUGUACAGUUUGGUUGGUGAACAGGGUGAAUGGUUCAAACGGUGUAGAAUAUACUAUUUGGUUGAAGAUGAAAGAGUGGCUGGAAAAAGGGGUCUCUUUACCAUAAAAUUUGUUUUUUAUUUUUUAUUUUUUAUUUUUUAUUUUGUGUAUAUGUGGAGUAUGAUGUGGGAAGAAUAUACUUAUGAAGCAGAAAACUUGAAAAAUAAAAAGAUACCAGAACUUCUAUGA